AUGACAACUCCCCCCGAUACCGCUCUCUUGACCUCCACAAGCGAAUCUCUCGCUUCUCUCCUCCCCAUCCUCGACGGCUUCGCCCACCGUCACAAGAACCAACAUUCUUCCACGCACUGGUGGUCUUCCUUUUCUCUUUUGCGCCGCGCCAUCCGCAACCUUGGUCAAGAUCUCGUCGUCGUCUCGCGCCCAAAGAAGAAGACCAAGCCUAGCAGCAACAAUGCGAAACCCGACAGCCACCCUGCACUCGUCCGCGCAAAAUGGAUGAUGCGCCAUCUUGUCCCUGAUGCUUUUAUUACUUUCUCCCAACUAGCAGCCGAUAAUCAACAUGCGCCUCUGGGCCUCCUCCUCCUCUCAGUCCUCGCUCGCACCAACACUUUAUUAUCUCACCUCGUUCCAUCCGAGCACAACAACGAAUCGUCAUCAACAGAUGCUAUAGAUGUAACAAGCUCAGCAUCAGACAUUCCCGGUCCGAUCAAAUCGACAGUGCAGUCAAUAGCAGCCGAGGCACCCAGUGCUGAAACGGAUAUGGGCGUGGCCAUUUCACGCGAGGAGCUUCUUUUAUUACAAAAGAAAACGGCCAAAUCAAUACCGAAAUCAGACGUGCCCUCUAAAGAUGUCAAGUUGAAGGAAUGCAAACCAAAGAUAGUACAUACAGAGGCGCCGAAGCGCUCAUCGAAAGAUGACACUAAAGACAAACCAAAAAAGAAAAAGAAGAAAGGCGGCGACGCACUUUCAAGUCUUUUUGGCUCGUUAUAA